GGGGGGGGAGGGGUGACCAGAGACUAAACAUGAAGUCGAACCAAGAACGGAGCAAUGAAUGUCUACCUCCGAAGAAGCGGGAGAUACUGGCACUGGAGGAGAAGCCGGUGGGGGCCACGGCUGGCAGUGAGGCUCUGCGAGGGGAUAACUUGGCAUGGCUCGCCAGCAUGGCCAGCAGGCAGAGCGCCAUCAGGCACGGCCCCACCCCCGCUGACGACGACACCGCCCCCCCGCAAAACCCCCUCCCUGCCAUCGCUGAGCACUCUCCCCAAUCCUCCUCCACCUCUCUGACCUCAGGGGCGGCGCUCACGUCCCUCUCUGCUGUGUACUCCUCACCCCUCUCGCAACAUGGGGGGGCAAUCCAGUACGCCCAGCUGCCCCCCAGUGUGCAGUUCAUCAGCCCGGCCUUCACGGGGCCCUAUGCCGGGUACAUCUCCUCGCAGGUGAUCUCCUCCUCUACAAUUACAUCAGCUCCAGCCGUCACCACGCAGCGCCCCCAGCUGGAGGGUUACGGCAUCUCGUCGGCUUCUAGAGCAGAGCAGCACCCGCAGCUGAGCGGCUCGCCGGGUCUGCUCGCGGCCGGAGUCCUCCCAUCGCUCCCCCACCCCGUGCACCCGGCCAGCCAGUACGUGCAGAUUGCCAGCACCCCCCUGAGCGUCGCAGCCAGGGCUCUCCCCACGUCCGCUGCCCAUGUGCCCCUGCACCUCCACCCCAACCCUGCCGUUGUUCCCCAGACCCUCACCCUUGCCCCUUCGCAAGUAGUGGUCCGGUACACUGAUGGGUCUGGUGCCGAGAAAGCGGAUGGAAACGGACGAGAGCUGCUGAAUGGUGAGGUGGAGAAGAGCCGGCACUACGUCUCUAUGCCGGACGCUGGCCGACCCAAGCAGGUAGGCGGGGUCAAGGGAGGCUCCAGCCAGCACCAACAGCACCACUACGAUGCCAGGCAGGUCGUGCUCCACGCCGAUUAUGCGAAAGACACGCCGGCACUGCGGACCUCACUGACACUGGUGCCCAACAACCAUGGGCGCGGCGGCAACAUAGAGGGGAGCCUGGAGAAAUCGACCAGCCACACGGAGAGGUGUGGCCCGGGGAAGCCCAUCUCCCGCACCUCCCCUUUCAGCUUCUCCUCGCUGGAGGGCCCGAAGGCUCCGGCAGCCUCCCAGCCCCCUCCCACCGUCAUCCAGGCGGUGCAGACCACAGAGACACUGCCCAUGGGCCUCCCGACGGCCGGCUUCUACCCCGCAGGCCAGCCACCCAUCAUCGGCUACAUCGCAGGGGCCAGCCAGGCACAGCAGCAGCCAGUCAGCUACCAUGCUGGACUUCCCCAGCACCUGCUCAUUCCCGCCAGUCAGCCACUGCUCAUCCCGGUCAGCAGCGGCACAGCUCCCGAGCUGGAGCCACCCCCGCCAGUGGCCUCCACCGUCACCCAGCCAUUCUCCACGGCGCUGCCUCAAGCCUACGUGGCUGCAACCCUCCCCAAGUGCGAGGUGUUCCGCCCUGGAGAGCACCAGUCCCUGGCCCCCUACCACGCGGCUGCCGUGGUGCAGACCGAGCUCCACCUGCCCAUGGUUUCAGCCACACCUGCUGCAGGCGUCCUGGCCUCGCCCCCGCCCGCCUCGCCACCACCGCCCUCUUCCUGCCCCUCGUUGCCCCCCUACUUCAUGAAGGGCUCCAUCAUUCAGCUGGCAGACGGCGAGCUGAAGCGUGUGGAGGACCUGAAGACCGAGGAUUUCAUCCAGAGCGCAGAGAUCAGCGGCGAGCUGAAGAUCGACUCCAGCACGGUGGAGCGAAUCGAUGGCAGCCAGACGCCCAAUUCCGCCAUUAUUCAGUUUGCAGUCGGGGAGCACAGGGCACAGGUGAGUGUGGAGGUUCUGCUGGAAUAUCCCUUCUUCGUGUUCGGCCAGGGCUGGUCGUCCUGCUGCCCGGACAGAACCACCCAGCUGUUUGAGCUGUCGUGCGCUAAGCUGUCUGUGGGCGAUGUCUGCAUCUCCCUCACCCUCAAGAACUUGAAGAACGGCUCCCUGCGGAGAAGUCAGACUCUGGACUCGGCAGACAGCAAUGGUGACUCCCUGGCUAAGCCCCAUAAGGUGGACUCAGGGUGCCGGAGCAGGGGGAGUCACUCCGGGGAGCGGGACAACGGGCCAAAGCAGUGGCCCAGGAGUACUGUUGGGAUGGUGGAACCCACCUGCGCCCAGGCUGUCUUGGAAAACGGGGAACUGGCAUGUGAAGAUAAGAAAAGCUCGUCGGCGCAGACACCCUUGGCGGAUCCAGGUGGAGCUGACAGACCUACAGGCAGGAAGCGGAGGUGGUCUGCCCCAGAGGGCCGCCAGGUGGAGAAGUCAGACGAGGAGCCCCCGUUGACACUGCCCAAGCCCUCUUUUAUUCCUCAGGAGGUCAAAAUUUGCAUCGAAGGCCGGUCAAUUAUAGGGAAAUGAAUGCUGAGAGAACUUUAACUAAUAGAGAGAGUUGAAAAACACACUCAGCUUUUAUUUGGUAUUUCGUUUUGUUUUCAAACCAGAUAACUGUACUGUAGGCUAUUUGUCCGUUAGUAUUUUUGUUAUCAAAUUACUUUUCUUUACUUUAGGACUUUGGGGUUCUUUGCACUUGGUAUUACAUGGCGAAUCAAUGCUGUUGUAUUUGUUAGGUAGAUAAGAGGGUCAACCAUACCUGUUUGUGACUUUAAUUUCCUCUUAAGAGCCACCUUACUGCUCAUUUCUCCUCAAAGCAGAAGAACGCGCUGCAUUUCGUGUUAUCCUAGGCAGAGGAAGAGAUAAGACUUAAUCGUGACAGUGGCCACAUUCGGCGUUUCAACAAAACACGCUAGAAAAGAUGGACCCUUUGAGAACCCUGGAACCAGGUGCAGCAAUGUCGUGCAACACUACCGGCAGGUCUUAGGUUAUGCCUCUUAGUUUAGAGCAUCAACAAUGUACCGAUUGUACGGGUUGGCAAGGGCAGACCCCCCCCCCGCCCACUGUUUGUUUCCAUGGCAACAAGGCCAUAAGUGGGAGUUUACAUGAUGUCAGCUGCCCCGUUCCUUGUCCUAACUCAGUUUGCGUCGUGUGAACUUGUGCACUUUUAUAUGUCGAUUCUUAUGUUUGGUGGCUAUUUAUGGGGCCUGCUCUCACUUCACGUGUAAGAAGAGAUAACUGACAACUUGCACGCUGCUCCUGCUUCAGGAUGCUCCCUGGCCAUCGGAGCCGAGGGAGCUUUUGAUCAAAGCUGAGCGUACACAUCAGUCCUAGAGCCUGUCAUGCUUUGCCGCACAUGGGUUACCCAGAACGAUGGAUAUUUAAGGUCACUUUAAAGAAAAGCCAGUGCAGAUACUGAAUAGCUUUUAAAGGGAUGUUCUCGUACUGGGUUGGGCAUGGAAGCCUCUGUGGAUUACUUUGGUUUAGUGUAGCGUGGAGCCGUCGUAGCUCUUUUAUAUGGGAAUGUGCUUUGGGUUUUCUGCUAAUUUUUUAUUUAAUCUGAAAGCCAAUAGGAUGAGCAGUACUGUCAGUAAACAAUGUUUAGUAUGUAAACUGGAGAGUCAGUGUUCUCCCUUGGCUUGCUGGUAAAUGCGUGCUUUAGUCCGUAGAAGAGCUUGGUCUUGAUGGGAUGACAGUAUAAUACUUGCUCUUUUCGCCUAGAACUUCAAUGGUUGCCAAGGGGAGUGAGAGGGUUCUGCCGAAAAAUGAGGCAGUAGUGCGUCUCUGCAGGUCUUUGUUCCGGGUCUCAAUGGAAACGCGGGGCUCUGCUACGAAGGCGGUGCUGUGGCUCGUAAGCACUGCCACAGCAUUUGGGAUGCAGCAUCCAGCUCACCCUGUGCAACUUCAUCUUCACAGUCUCACCUUCCUCACAUGUUUGUCAGUAGCCAACAGCACCAC